AUGGAAAACUUUCUUAAGGAAACCGUGUUUAGCGGUGAUAUCAUUGCACUUCAGAAGGUAUUAAAAUCUGGAGUUGAUGUUAACGUUCUGGAUGAAAAUGGAGAACCUCUAUUAUUUACCCCAAUCGUUAAUGGUGAUAUGGAUACCCUUAAGGUUCUACUACCCCACACUGAUGUCAACAUGACGAAUGACGAUUGUAGAACGGCUCUGAUGAUCGCAGUUGAAAUGAAUGAUAUAGACAUGGUGAAAAAGUUAAUCAAAUCAGGUGCAGAUGUAAACAGGAAAGACAACUCUGGAAAAACUUCCUUACUGAUUGCUCUGGAGGAUGGUAAUUUCAAAAUUGCAGAAUAUCUGAUCAAACACGGAAGUGACGUCAAUGUAGUGGACAACCUUGGUCAAUCUGCCCUUCACCUUGUUGCAACAGGAGAACAUAAUGAUUGUACCAAAAUCGUCAAAAUUCUGUUAAAUUGUGGAUAUGUGAUGAAGGAUUCUGAUAAUUGGCUUUGCCCUGAAGACCUAAUAUCUAAUCCAAAAUUGCAAUCCAAAUAUUUCAAAUUGAUGCACAAAGUUAAAAUGUCAUUGAAGGCUAUCUCAAAAUGUGACAUUAUAAUUCCAGUUGGAUCUUGAAUACAUUUUUCAUGAACAAUCUGUACCUUCGCAGAUGAAAAAUGUCUUCUUACAAGAAGAGACCCCACGGAAAAGCAAGAGGAAAUCAGUGUGAGUUUCUGUUAGACAGGAGCUUCAAACGGCAGAUUUCUACCGCCGUCAAGGACAUGAAAUAAGAAAUAGUUACCAAAGAGUCAUCUAAAGCAGUGUUUUCUCCGAACCAUGCGCGGUGUAUGUAUAAAACCAUUGCAUACAUGAAUUAUAAAGAAUCAUCUUUAAACAAAGAUGUCACAUUUGUAAGAGACUUAAAAAAGACAUUGAGAGCUAUAUGAUCAA